AUGGGAGGCGUCUAUGAGUGUGUGAAGGAGGCGAUUGUCUGCCCUCCCGGUCUCCCAAAGGCCAAUCCCACAAUCUCAUCUUGGCAGAGCCCACCUGACCCUGUGUCCAAUGUCCGGUCUGCAGUUCUUCCUGAGGAGGUGGAUAUUGCCAUCAUCGGCUCGGGAAUCACUGGAUGCAGUACAGCCCGUGCCAUCGUCAGCCAUCAGACUGGAUCUGCGAUGCGUGUUGCGGUUCUUGAAGCCCGUACGGCAGUCAGUGGUGCAACUGGCCGCAACGGAGGUCACCUCAUCUCCGACACAUGGGGACUGUUUCCUGAACUGGUAGACGAAUUCGGUCUCGCAGAUGCCGUUGACAUUGCGCGGUUUUCGGCAGAGAAUAUAUCCACCCUAAGAAAGGUGGUCUCUGGUCUCAGUGAUGCUGAUCAGGAAACUGUCGAGUUUCGUGACGUGGCGGCUACAGCUUCGCUCUCGGAUGUACAGUCUUGGGAAGGGAGCAAGCGCGCUGCAGAAAUAUUUACUGAGGCGAUGGGACCCGAUUUCGCGAUCCAGAACGACUAUUCAUACGCUAACGGAGUGGGAUUUAUGAAACAACACGGCGCUGCAGCACUGAGUGCUUACAGAUUGGUGACUGCAGUCUGGAGACAGAUAUUGGACAAGCAUCCCAAAUCCAUCACGCUCGAAACUGAAACUCCAGUACUGUCAGUGGAGCCAGAGACUUGGCAGGGGAAAGACGGAUACCGAUUAACCACUCCCCGGGGCACUAUUCGAGCUUCCAAGGUCAUACACUGUACAAAUGGGUACGCUGCCAACCUAUUGCCGAAUCUCGUCGGGAAGCUUUACCCCCUACGAGGAACUAUGUCGGAACAACAACUUGGACCGUCCUUUCCUCAGUCCGGAGCGGAAUAUUCCUGGACCAGUACUGGUUUGGGAAACUAUGACAAGAAAUCAGAUGAACUUCUAGUGAACCUUUGGUAUGCUCAGCAAACCCCCAAGAGUAGGAAUCUCUUUAUUGGAGGAGAGCAUCAGCCGAUAAAAGAAAUGUUGAACGAUGAUGACUCAAAGAUAUCCUCUUCCGCGCGAGAUCACUUGAGCGCUAUCACUUCGAAAAUUUUCCAUAAUGCUGGGCCAACAAGUGUCCAAAACAUGUGGUCAGGUAUCAUGGGAUUUACGGCGGACUUGUUUCCAUUUGUGGGACCUCUGUCUAAUGAAAUGACUGGCCGUGAGGGGAACGGAGAGUUUAUAGCUGCGGGAUUCAGCGGGCACGGCAUGGAUAAGUGUUGGCUAUGUGGAGAGGCAGCUGCCCUGAUGGCUCUUGGAGAAGAUGUCCCAGCCGGAUUUCCGAAACCUUUUCUGGUCAGCAAUAGGAGAAUCCAAGACGGGACCCCAGAGGCUGCUGUUAGAGCAUUGGUUGAAAAUAUUGUUUGUCUCGCCAACACAUCCAAUGACGCUGCUGAAUAG